CAUCAUAAUUUACCUGUUUUACAUCCGACAAAGUGCUGCAGAGGUUAAAUCGACAUAUGUUAAAGCGCUCACUGCAACCGGCGAGCAAAUAAGACCACUUUUUCUUUGCAAACGCGAGCGAGUGAAGCGCCAGCAACAUUACGCGCACUACUUUUAUAUAGUGCAAUGGCAGCAUGCGCGAAAGUCGUGGUUUCGUCUGAUCCCAUAUGCGCUGUGUACUGCACACGCUGUUUCUAAUGUUAUCUCCUUAUCGCGGACUCCCGUCAGUCUGUUUACAUUACCGCGACAAAUGUGAACGUUCAGGCGAACCGAUUGCGUUACGAGAAUGCCAUCGCGAGUAGUGCGCAUAGACGAAACCGCGACUUGACUUGUGACAAGCGUCAUGGCUGACGAAAUUGGUCUGGAGGCUCAAGAGGAGGUCCAGUCUCCUCCUCAAGGUGUUCCGGUACCGCACCGCCUCGGGAGGCCUUUGCAGAAAAUUUUGGGAGAUGCCGGCUUGUAUUCGUACUGUGCCAUCUGCGCCCUUUCGCUUCACGACCUUUUCCCGGACGAAUGGGACCGAGAAUUUUGCGAGAAAUGUCUUCUGCAGCUUAUACAGCACCUCGGCCUGCCUUCACAGGUACAACCUGUGAUGCAGGCCCUGAUGAUGGGCGAAGGGGGCGAGGCUGAGCCUUUCAUACACGUUCUCAAAGACGAACCGGGUCUCAAUGGCAACUGUUUGCGGGUUGUCGAAGACCUCAUCCUGUUUGCAGUUCAAGGAGGACUGGCUACAGGUGUGACAGGCAUCUACGAUGCUCGAACACGUGUGUUCAUCUUUUACGUUGCCUGGAGGCUCAGGGUGUCCCGAUCACUUGUCGAGAUGUACGAAGAGUCCGUUGUCGAAAUGCUGUCCCAGGAAGUCCACGAACAGUCAGAAGAGGAACGGAAGGAAAUCGCCAAACGUCAACGCAACAAGAAGCUCAAGCGCUUUCUUAUGAUUGGUCUUGCCACUGUUGGAGGAGGCGCUGUCAUUGGUCUGACAGGAGGUCUAGCAGCACCACUGGUGGCUGCUGGUGCCGGGGCUAUCAUAGGGGGCGCUGGAGCAGCUGCCUUGGGUUCUGCCACCGGCAUUGCAGUCAUAGGUUCACUCAUUGGAAUUGCCGGGGCUGGACUCACAGGGUACAAGAUGAAGAAGAGAGUCGGCGAAAUCGAGGAGUUUGCCUUCGACACACUGACUGAGGGCAAAGGACUGCACAUCACGUUGGCCGUUUCGGGCUGGCUGUCUGACGAAGAUCCAGGUGCUCUAAAGAGGCCGUGGCGAACGCUGAUGAACUCACGGGAGCAGUAUGUGCUGCGAUACGAGUCGUCCUACCUGCUGGAGCUCGGUCAUGCCAUCGACUACCUGUUCAGCUUCGCCGUCUCCAUGGCGGCACAGGAAGCCCUCAAGUACACCAUCCUCUCAG